CAAGCAUCCUGCCAACGAAUUCUUCCAUGCUCCUGACGAUACCCUAGUUUUUCUUCUCCUCCAAAUGGACUGAUCUUCCACUAUCGAAGCUCGUGGACUUUCUUCUCGGUCAAGCAGUGCAUCUUGCUCGGCUUCUUCUUCGGAUUGUAUACCGGUUUUAUACCUAUUCGGAUUCACAUUUUGGUGUCCGAGACGAUGAUUGGAUUCUUUACACACAGACGGAUGCUGCUUGCACGCCGUGCCCAUUGCUAUAGGAGUUCCGUAUGAAGCGAUGGCCAUGUCUUGCCAUUGGUUGUUGCAUAAUAGUAUGCAGCCAUUUCGGAGAAGUGUUUAUGGACUGGGAGACUGUUUCGUGGGAAGUUGGGGGGCCGGAAGAAAGUUAAGGCUCAGGGUAUGCUUUCUAGUGCUGUUGGCAUUGGAUUUUUGCAAGAGGUCUAUUGUUUUGGACUCUGGUUCAUCAAGGCUUGUAAAGGCAACCUCUGCACUAAGCUGCUCAGAGGCACUUUCUGAUGAUGCAAGAAUGUCAUUGAAAUGCAUACCCGCUAAUUCUGCAAAGCAGGGGAAGCAUAACUUGCAAUCUGAUUUCUUAAACAAUCGUGUGAUGUUCAUUGAUGGAACUUCGAUAUUAUAUAGAUCAUAUUACAAACUUUUGGCUAGACUGCAUCAUGGACAUUUAGAGCAUGCAGAUGGCAAUGGAGAUUGGGUUUUAACCAUUUUCACUGCCUUGUCGAUGCUGCUGGAUGUGCUGGAAUUUGUUCCAUCUCAUGUUGCGGUGGUCUUUGAUCAUGAUGGAUUUUCCUUUGAUCAGACUACUGCCAUGCCAUUCAAAGAAAAUUAUGGGUCAAAAGGAUUGACUUUUCGUCACAUGCUAUAUCCAUCUUACAAGGCAAACCGCAUACCUACACCUGAUACUGUUGUUCAAGGCCUUCAAUAUUUGAAAGCUUCCAUUAAAGCUAUGUCCAUUAAAGUAAUCGAGGUUCCUGGUGUUGAAGCUGAUGAUGUCAUUGGUACUUUGGCUGUAAAUAGUGUUUCUGCCGGAUUUAAGGUUAGAAUUGUUUCCCCAGACAAGGAUUUCUUCCAAAUUUUAUCACCCUCAUUACGCCUACUUCGAAUUGCUACACGUGGAUCAGGGAUGGUUUCCUUUGGAUUAGAAGAAUUCGCUGAAAAAUAUGGUACUCUUAAUCCAUCUCAAUUUGUUGAUGUCAUUUCACUUGCUGGCGACAAGUCUGAUAACAUUCCAGGAAAUGGAAAUAAACGUUUGUUAAUCUGUAGGGCAGUGGUCUGCGAUCCAACUUUUCAAACCUAAAGUCCCACUGGAUUCUUGAACUCAUGGCCAGGUUGUCAUUGCAAAAAGUAAUAUUGGAAAUAGCGAUUUUCUUAAACGUGAUAUGAUUCGUGGCAGAAAUUAUGGUAAAUAGUAUUUUAUCACGAGAACAUCAAACACUUGAGAUAAAUACAAAGAUAAGCACAUACAAUUUGAGGGAGAAUCUCACGCAAAUCCUACAAUUUGAGAGGUAGGAAAUCUCUCCCACCAACCCUAAGACUCAAGACGACAAUAUCAUGUUUUUGUUAAUGCUUUUUUUUUCGUGUGCCUUGCUAUAAUGUACAUUCUGGUCUUGUAACCUAUUUACUUUAGUCCACAACAUUUUUUUUUCAAGCUGUUUCAGUUCUCGCAACACUUUAGCAACAAUCUUAGGAGAAAUUUUACCAAAUAAUCUUUUGCUUUACUAGGCAAAACUAGGGAGCCCAAGGCAAGAUAGGGAGAUCUUAAAAAGCAACACCUGAUGAAGAUUUUAUGGCUUGAGACUUGAGAGUCCGUAGAUGCUCUUUGUUGGUUAUUUAUGAAGUUCAUAGGGUAUAGUGUUGUCAACUGGCCAAUUCUUCUGUAUUUUGGUGGAGAAUGGCACAGCACUUGGUGAACUCAUAUUAGAACCUUGUCUUCUUUCUUCAAAAUCCUUGUUCUAUUUUCCAUGUGAUGUACUAUUUAUAGGUUUUUUCUGGUCACAUAGUUAAUGAUUUGCAUGCUGGCAUUAUUG